AGAGAGAGAGAGAAAAAACCCUCCUUAGAGCCGCCUGUAGGACGGCGCGUACCGCGGUGACUGGCGCCUGUUAGUUGGAGAAGACGAGUGGGGAGAGAACGAGCGAGAGCGGAGAAAUCGCGGCUCGCCUCAUCGCGGCUCGCUCGCCCCUCGGUGUAGUCGGUGGCGCUCGGAGUCGCCGCGGGGUUAGGGCGACGGUGCCGCGCCCGUCGCCUGCCACUGCGCUCGGUCGAGCCGCGUUGGUCGUCUUCGUCGUCCUGGCGGUGGUCGCUGCGCUCUCUUCUUCGUAGUUGUCGUCGAUUGUUUCGUCGUGGCUUGAUGCGGCCGUAACACCAUGCCUUUGGCGUGCGUCUCAGAUCAUUGGCCUAAGAUGGACGUUCACUCGGACAGUGAGAAUGGAAACGUGGUUUCUGACGACCCAAUGGGAGAUGAUAUGCAGCUCAAUCAGAGCCAAGAUGAAGGUCACAUCAAGGAGAUAAACAUAACCCAUCACGUGAAGGAGGGCUCCGAGAAGGCCGACCCAUCACAGUUUGAGCUGCUCAAAGUUUUGGGCCAGGGCUCGUUUGGAAAGGUGUUUCUGGUGCGGAAAAUCAAGGGUCCCGAUGCUGGGCAACUGUACGCCAUGAAAGUGCUCAAGAAAGCCACGCUGAAGGUCCGUGAUCGCGUGCGGACGAAGAUGGAGCGAGAUAUCCUGGUGGAGGUGAACCACCCCUUCAUAGUGAAGCUUCACUAUGCGUUCCAGACAGAAGGGAAGCUCUACCUGAUUCUGGACUUCCUCAGGGGAGGAGACCUCUUCACUCGACUCUCAAAGGAGGUGAUGUUCACGGAAGAGGACGUCAAGUUCUACCUUGCGGAACUGGCUCUGGCGCUGGACCACCUACACAGCCUCGGCAUUAUCUACCGCGACCUCAAGCCUGAGAACAUUCUGCUGGAUGAAAGUGGACACAUUGGACUCACGGACUUUGGGCUGAGCAAGGAGUCGAUUGACCACGAGAAGAAGGCCUACUCAUUCUGUGGCACCGUGGAGUACAUGGCGCCUGAGGUGGUGAAUCGCAAGGGCCACACUCACUCGGCGGACUGGUGGUCCUUCGGGGUGCUCAUGUUUGAAAUGCUCACGGGAACGCUCCCCUUCCAGGGCAAAGAUCGCAAGGAGACGAUGACUAUGAUUCUGAAGGCCAAGCUAGGAAUGCCGCAGUUCUUGAGUGGAGAAGCGCAGAGUCUCUUGCGAAUGCUGUUCAAGAGGAACCCAGGCAAUCGCCUAGGAGCUGGCUCUGAUGGUGUGGAAGAAAUCAAAAGACAUCCGUUCUUUUCCACUAUUGAUUGGAACAAGCUCUAUCGGAAAGAAAUUCACCCGCCAUUCAAGCCUGCCGUAGGCCGACCGGAAGACACGUUUUACUUCGACCCUGAAUUCACGGCUAAAACACCAAAAGAUUCCCCAGGCGUGCCUCCCAGCGCCAACGCUCACCAGCUGUUCCGCGGGUUCAGCUUCGUGGCGACGCCGCUGGGCGACGUCGAGGAGACGUUCGUGAUGGCCACCACGCAGCUUCACCCCAUCGUGCAGCAGCUGCAUGGCAACAGCGUGCAGUUCUCGGACGGCUAUGAGCUGCGGGAGGACAUCGGUGUGGGCUCCUAUUCGGUGUGCAAGCGCUGCAUACACAAGACCACCAACAUGGAGUACGCCGUCAAGAUCAUCGACAAGAGUAAACGAGACCCAUCGGAAGAGAUAGAAAUCCUUCUCCGUUACGGACAGCAUCCCAACGUCAUCACGUUAAAAGACGUGUACGACGAUGGGAAGAGUGUCUACCUCGUCACAGAGCUCAUGAAGGGCGGGGAGCUGCUGGAUAAAAUCCUGCGGCAGAAGUUCUUCUCGGAGCGCGAGGCCAGCGCGGUGCUGCAGACGAUAGCGCGCACCGUAGAGUAUCUCCACUCGCAGGGGGUGGUGCAUCGAGACCUGAAGCCGAGCAACAUCCUGUACGUGGACGAGUCGGGGAACCCGGAGUCGCUGAGGAUCUGCGACUUUGGCUUCGCCAAGCAGCUGCGCGCCGAGAACGGGCUGCUCAUGACGCCGUGCUACACGGCGAACUUCGUGGCGCCCGAGGUGCUCAAGAGGCAGGGCUACGAUGCAGCGUGCGACAUCUGGAGCCUGGGAGUUCUGCUUUACACCAUGCUGGCUGGGCACACGCCCUUCGCCAACGGGCCCGACGACACGCCGGGCGUGAUCCUGACACGCAUCGGCAGCGGACGCUUCCUGCUGUCCGGCGGCAACUGGGACACGGUGUCCGAGGCCGCCAAGGACCUGGUGAAGAAGAUGCUGCACGUGGACCCGCACCAGCGCUUCACGGCCGCCCAGGUGCUGCGCCACCCGUGGAUCGCGCUGCGCGACACGCUGCCCCAGUGCCAGCUGACUCGGCAGGACGCGGCGCUUGUCAAGGGCGCUAUGGCCGCCACCUACUCAGCCCUGCACCACACGCUGGCCCAGCCGGCGCUGGAGCCAGUGGGCUCCUCCACCCUCGCCCAGCGCCGCGGCAUCAAGAAGAUCUCGUCGACGGCGCUGUGAGGCGGCGGCGGCACCACCGCCUCCUCCUCCCUCCCCCCCUCCCCCCUCCCACGCGCCACUUUCCCCUCCUCCGUCGCCGCACCGCAGGGCGCAAGCCACCCCCCUCCCCCUCCUCCCCGGGCGUCGUCUCUGCGGGGACGCGGGCGUGGAGAGCGCCGACCUCCCAGCUCGACGCGGAACGCCGAGGCUGCCAAAGAAACGACGAUCGGCCGCCGGGGGGGCGGGGGGGGGGGGGGCGGGUGCGCCGACCGGGCAACGCGCGGCGAGAACGCCGUGCCGUGCCGCGCUCGCGGCAGUGGCGACGGGCAGGGGGACGCCCCGGGCGGUCGUGGAGAUGGCGGCAGCGCCACCUGGGCGGGCGCAGAGAGAGCGGCGCGGCUCACGACCCGCACCCGGACUCCUCAUCGCGGUCGGUGUUGCCGGUUGGACCCGGCCACCGUUUACGUUCCGCCGCGGCGGUCGCGGGGGGGCGCAUGGACACGUCGAGCGUGGUGCCGCACCGCGGAGCUCCCCCGCUGGGACGUGAACGUCUCCGGCAGCCGCGUCACGAAACGAGCUGGAGCGGCGUGGGGAGCGGGAGCGGCGUGGGGAGCGGGCGUGGAGUGGGGAGCGAGCGAGCAGUGAGCGCGGAACGAGCUGCGUCGGUGGGCGCGUGGUCGAGAGCCGAGGCGGAGCCACGCGCAUUGCGUUCUCGUGCAGCCCGCACCGGGACGGACACGUCGGUGGCGGCGAUGCCGCGCGACGUCCGGUCAAGUGCACGCGGGCCGACCGCCCAACGUACAACUUUCCCUUUUUCCACUACGACCCUGAUGGAGGCCGCCCCCCCCAUGCCCCGGCUCUCGCGAAGCCUUGAGGAACGUAAAUUAGGAACGGUCGCAAACCGCCGUGCUGCAUCCUCUCUCUUCCAAAAGCACCCACCCAUAGCUCACAUCCCGCCUUCCUCUGCUGAUUCGCAAACGAUUUAAGAAAGGCGCGAAUGUUUACGCACGACGCAGCGAAGUCUUUUCCUUUCUUUUUGUACAAGCGCCUUCAAUUCUCACCUGGGACUUGACCACCCAACAUGGGCUAAAUGUUUAUUCUAUUGAAUUAUCAUCAAUUGUUUGUAUUUGUAUUAAAAAUAUUACAAAGCUUUAUUUAAUGAGGCGGGGGGUGGGGGGGUCGUUUGUAUGACGUGGUCUUAGAUGGGGGGGUGGGCGGGAGGCGGUGAUGGGGGGGGGAUACGAUUUCAGGUUGAUUAAAAACACCGCCAAAGUGACCCUGGUCUAAAUCGCCAACUCGGUUUAAAGUGCUGCCCAUAAGGAGACGUGGGGGGGGAUGGUUGUGAUGGGUUUAAAUUGAGGAUGUUUUUGUACAAAUUCAGGAGAAAUGUGCUUCCCCAAUUUUCUAUAGAAGUCGGACACAGGACAGUUUUGAGUGUGCGUGCUUUUGCCGUUUCCAUUGCCUGUUGUGCGUGCGUGCGUCUGUGUGUGUGUAUAUAUGCGGUGAAUGCUAACGCACAUCUGCGUGCCAGAUAUAUAAUUGAUGCAAAUUGAUGUAAGUUCAUUAAAAACUGCGGCUCAAAAAAUUAAGGAUUUGGGAAAGCUAGGAUGCUCAGGAUUUACCAGGAUUCAUGGAAGUGCCUCAGGCUCAGAGCCAAGUUAAGGCACACUUACCAGAUGUUGGACCUGAACAUAUUUCUCUAGAUCAGUGGUUCUUAGCCUAGGAUGCACGCGCCCCCUGGGGGUGCGAGACGUGGCCAGAGUGUUUUUAGAAGGUAAAUAAUCGAAAACACAAAUUAAGAAGCACGGGCAGGUAAGUACAACUACUUCUUUUCAUCAAACCUCUGUAUUUAUUAACAUUGUACAUUUUUUUUUACGAAUGAGAACCUUAGGGGGGGGUUGCAAGGCUGCGGUAAAGGUUAAGAACCACUUCUCGAGAUCAACUCCAGCCUCCCGCACAUCACGUGGCCUCUGUGGCCAACCCCACCUCAGAAUCCCCUCCUCCUCCCACAACCCCCGUGUGGAAACAGACGCUGCUCCACCCUCUGUCUCUCAAACUUUCAUCACAGACAUCUUGAACCCUGCCCUCUGUGGUCGUCCUGGGGACUUGUGUCCGAGCGGCUCCUCACAUCCCCGUUUCCCGGUCAUCCUCUUCUCUCCGUCCCCCUCCCGUCCCCUUCUUCGCCCGUGCAUUAACACCUUUGACCCCACUCCCCUCCCCGUGGUGUUGCCGCGGACGCAUCAUUUUUAUUUCGUAUAAAAAUAACGAGUCCCAUUGUAACGGGAGGUUGCUUUUUUGCGGAGUUCCCAAAUAAAGACCACUGCUGACAAAGAUGGCAAUCGACGGAGACCCUUAACAGGAAGUUUCUGUAAACACACCGAUGGAUUUUGUUCAGUCUCCAUCUGGUGCCACAUACACCACGUGUAGUCCACCAGCCCACGCCAGAUACUUCACUUAGGGUGGCAUAACUUCAGUGGUUUCAGUUUCUUUUUGCGGGCCAAUAACAGUGAAUAGCGUGCCAACCGUUUCAAAUGAGUGGGCUACGAAAUGAUUCGCUCUCAUUAGCCUCACAAAUACAUGGGUACCGCUCACGUUUGACCAACUUAAGUGGUACAGACGUGUACUCCGGCCCAUGGACUAGCAGGGCAGAGCCGCCACUCCCUUCAGCCCGUAUGACCAGCGUGGUGAAGGACAGCCAAAUAAAUCCCAGGCAUUUGCACUACCACCCUAUUCUGGCCCACCAAUGUAGCCCCGCAGCCUAUAGCACCUGUUAGGAAUUGAGGUCACCCAUCCAAACACUGUCCUGGCUCAACCUUUUUCAGCUACGAGGUCUGACAGUGAUUGUCGUAGGCCCGUAAGAAUACAUACGUAGUAUUUGUUAACUUUCACAUGUGUGCGUUAAUGUGUGUGUGUGCGUUUUACGAAUACACGUGUACAUAUAUGCACGUGCGUUCGUAUAUUAUAGAUCUGUGUCCGCUGUACGUGCGUGUGUGUAUGUCCGGAUACUCUAUACCUGAAGACAGUUCAGUGAAGCUUACCACUAGUUUUUUUUUUACCAUAUUACUAAAUAAAUUAACGUUCAUAAAAUACAUUCGAAGCCAUAUUCCUUUUAAGUCAUGACAUCUGCAUCGGCCAUAAUGUAGUUCGCUUGAUCCCCGUGUCGACCAAGUCUGGGAAGUCCGUUUCGCUUCAUAUUUGAGAGUUCAUCGGCCGUGAUUAGCAAAAGUCAAUGUCACGUUUGCCGCAUUUGUUUGAGACGGUUUGUUGAACGCCGACGGCUGCAGUUGGGAGCGGCUGAUCGCGUUAAAUGCGGGGGGGGGGGGACAUUAAAGCGUCGUAGCUUUAAGUAAUUGUCUAAGUCGAGUUGAGGACUAUUUGUCGGCGUUCACAUUGCAUCGGUCAAUUGUUGCCGUGGCCUCCGUUGUAAGUCACUGCGCGCCGUCAAGAAUACUUGGAGCUGACGACGCUGGUUGCGGCUGAAGCCGGCGGGAGACGUUGGCGGAGCGCGUGCACAUCGCCCGCCCGCGCCGGUGGCGCUCGCCACGUUGGCGACGCUCGUUUUGUCAUGCGGCAGAUUCGUUCGUUGGCCGUUGCCGGGUGGUGGAGGGCGCACGGCACGUUUUUUUCCCCUACUCGGCAAACCCGACCCAAAAACCAUUUGCGAAUCAAAAUAAUCGGUCACGAAAGCCUGAGGGUUGAAAAUGCUUUAACUCGACCUUAUUUUUUGUUUCAUUUGUCACUUUACAAUCAUUCCUAUCUCUUGUCGAAAAUGCCCAGCAUCUCGUGGUUUUAACGACCAGGCAGUGUGAAGCAUGCAACAGUUUUGACGGCGAUGCCGGCAUGCACGCGCGUGACCUACGGCCGCUGCUUUUAACUUGCAUCACGGGGGGGUGGGGGGGGGUCGUUUCACGUCCGCUGGCGAUGCAGACGGCCGCGGAUGUUACGGUCCAAUGCACCUCGCGGUAUUAACGAGGGUGGACGCUGGCCUCGGAACCUCGGCAAAGCUUCUCGCUCCGUUACCGAGAUGGCGGGAGCGUUCCGACAGCAUCCACAAGAGUCAGAUUCAAGUCGGUUGUCGGCACUCGCGAGGCCCGCAUGGCACGGUGCGUGCCGCUGGAGGAGCUCGGAGUGCCGAGCGUGCACGUGCGUGUCUGGGGGAGAGGCUCUGGGACGUCGCCGACGCCUCUAACGCCGGGGGUGCUCGGCUCGGGGCAUUCUCACGACGGGGAUGUCCGGCGUGACAACACAUCGGUCGAGACCCCCCCCCCCCUCCCAGAAAGUGGCACACCUCCUGGCUCUGACAUAGCUCCUCGAAGACGCUGGCGAGACCGUCAACGGCAUCGGAACAUCGACAGGCCAAGGCGGACAUCUCUAUGAACGGAAAGUGUAAAGACACGAGCCACAAUGGCGCUACAGUGAACCCCCCACUGUGGUCGUCUGCACUCCUUUCACGCGGGACGAGGAGGAGGUGCGGCGGAACGACGCGCUCUCUCUCUCGCUGUCCUGAAGCCCUCUCGUGACCAGCAGCAGCAGCAGCAGCACACCCCGACGUUGGCUUUAGUUCCUGGACAAUUCAAAGCGGCGGAGCGUUUUCUGGGUUAUUCGUACGACAAACACUCCGUGACCUGUUGGAGGCCAUCCUGUGCAGGGCACUCGAGAAACUUCAGAAAACUGAAUAUUUUUUUUUACUCCAAUCAUCUCUUUACUUUGGACGGGGGCUCCACCAUUUCACUGCAAGCGGAGGAGGAAAGUCCCGUCAGCCACACCGUGGGACUCCAGCCGAUGCCAUCCAGGAAUCCAACCGAUGCUGUCCUUUUCAAACGGACACUUGCAAAGUGCUGCUGUAUUAUAACGCAUCCCGUCUCAGACUAAUGAAGACAUAUAUGCAAACGUCUCAACACCUGCGUGUGUGUGUAUUCGGUGGGCUGUGUAGGGUGAUUAGGCUUUAAAGAGUGACGUAGCUCCCCCUCCGAUUGUGGCAUUCGCAGCACGUACACACGCAUCUGAAUGCGUCCAUAGAUGAAUGCACUAAGGGUCGCCGUGAAGACCCUGUAACAGCAUUGUGUGUGUGUUGCCUAGGAUGUCAAUACAACACGUGUACACGUACCUUUAUGCAGUACUGUGUACGCUCUACACACGUGUGUGUACAAUACAUUAGAAUAAGUUACAGCCAUUUUGUCAAUCCACUGCUGGAUGAAAGGGAGGUGGAGGGGGUUGGCGGGGCGGGUGCGUUUCGCUAUACUUCACCACACUGGUCCACGCGUGGUUGUGCAGGAGGCACAGCACAGGGACUCUUGCCACUGAUGGUGGCCGUGGGCGGGAAUCGAAUUCACGUCGCCGGGUUCUUGGCGCACUGCGCUAAUGCGGCGCGUUGUGUACAUACUCUGUAUAUGUAUAUACUUGCAUAUGUUCGUGUGUACAGAUAAAACACUGUCUGUCGUACUCGUGCGCACAUCCCCUCGUGUUGUGUUCGUUGUUACCCGUGUAAGAUUGAAGUCGUAGCCCACUCAUUUCAAGUCCAGCGUUUCAGUUGUGUGUCACUUGGCUUACACCGUCGCCUUCCACGUGUCUUCUAUAUAUGGGCAGAACUAAGAUGUUCUUGUUUUUAAACUCAGCUUUCUUGUGGCCCUAAUAUCAUAAUCUUGAAGAAAAUAAAUCCAUUGUUGCCCAACACUCAACUCCUACCGUUAUUGGCAUUCAUAGAAAACAGGAGAGGCAUUGACAAACGUGUCUCAAGCUCCUGCUAAAAUACGCGUGCUCGGUCCGACGUGGGGGGGGUUUGCGUGCAUCUUGCACGGGUGGGGGGGGGGGGAUGUCCCCUCUUGGGCGAGGCAACAGCGAGCCGCUUAUCGCCCGGAAAUCUGUGAGUCUGCCCCAGGACGUUAAAAGUCGUCAGUUGCCGACUCGGAAUAAUAAUAUAAUGAAUCACCCACCACUCGAGGCAAUGCAUGUACAGAACAUACAGCUCCCCCCACCCAUCUCUUUGAGAUGUUAAAAGUCCAAACCCCCCCCCCCCCCGCUCCUUGUAGCCCGGUCCACGGCCCUAGCGCAGUUGCACCGCCUGCACACGACUCGGUCGCUACGCCGCUGGGCCACAUGGGGGAUUUUUACUAUUAUUUGUGGGGUGGUGGUUUACGCCAAAUCGUCUUGCGGUGACCGCGUGGAAGUUGUCUUGCGAAUGUCUCGUGAACAACUGCGGGGGUUUGCGCCGCGGUUGGCCACCGAGCAGUACGGACGCGGCAGCGGUGGUGGUAGUGGCGGUGGUGGUGGUGGCGGUGGUGGUGGACACCUUUGGACGGGCGGCGCGUCACAGGGCGGACGUUUUGGUCGCCGACAGCACGGGCAGGAGGUGCUGGCGGGCUUCGCCAAAUUGUGCCCGUCGCGCGGCGUCCACGACGACGUCCGCCCGUCCUCCACCACCUCCUCCUCCACCUCCUCCUAUGCCGGACGGCGCAGGAGGAGGUGGAGGAAGCGCGGGCCUCGUUUGAUGUCAAAAGCGCGCUCGCCCGGGCAGACGGGAAACGUUUCGACGGUCGCAUCGAACUGAAGCAGUGGUGGAAUUUCCACAUUCUCGUCGCGGGUGCGAGUCUCGACAGGCCAAUCGGCGUUGACGUCAUCGCACGUUGUCCACACGCGCGGUCGGCUCCCAGAAGGGUUUAUUUUUGUUUGUUGUUGUUGAACAUUUCACUUUUGCUCAAGUUGCAAUUGAACGAAAUGAGGAGCGUCGGGCUCGUUGGCGAGUGUGCGUCGGCGCGUGGAGGCCGACCGAAGGCCGCGUCUAAAUACAUCGCCACGCACGGCAGACCAAACCGGAGACUCAAUAGAUGAUGAACGGCGUCCUGUGGCCCACGCGUAUGUGGCCACAUUGUUUUCUUUUUUACUCGGUUGCGUUGAAGUUGAUGGGGCGUUCCACCUCCAAAUUAAAACAUUAAAAAACUGACAAUCUCCGCCGAUAAAAAAUAAUAAUUUGAAACUGAAUUCAUACGAGUAUGUAACGACGGGAGUAAAUCGAUGGCUUAAAUGAUGUUAUGUAUUAAUUUGUUUGUACUAUUUAAUGCCUUUUUAACUGUGCGUUCGUUGUUAUGGAUGGCGACGUGGGUUUUCUUUGGAGUGACGCGGAAUUGUGAAGGUGCCUGAGAUGGCCGAGUGGCCCAGACGCGAGGCACCACCAGGCCACGACGCGCCGAGGGCGGGCGGGGGGGGGCACUCUUUGUCGCAGACGUAAGAGCAGAGUGGUGAGCAGAACGCGAUUGCAAUGGUUGACGGAAAAAAAGGUACUGACCAAAAUGUAAUACUGUAUUUAUAAAAAAAAACAAAUGUCACAUUCAUAUUUUUUUUUCUAGGGUUAUUUUAUUAAAGUGAUGAGGAAAUGUUUUUAUUUUAAGCCGUAUUAUUUUUGGUUCACGGUUAGUGUCUUUUGGGUUUCGUUUGGUGUUCUAUAAAUGUCACACAUCUCACGGUAGCCCGCCACCACCAGACAGAGCCGAUCAAAGCGAGUUGUCACGUCAUCGCCAAAUGUGCCAUGUUCAAGAAGCAGGCUGGAGAUGAUGGCCAACAGCUCGGCUCUCUCGCCAAAAAGAAAACUCUUUUCGAACCUUCACACGGGGUCGUAAAAAAAACGCCUGCGUCUAAAGUUAACCGCAUUGUUUCGCCACGUAAAUCUUACCGUGCGGGUGGACAUGGAGUUGGUUGUUCUGAAUUAUGACGAAACCCGUGGUCAAUCCUGAUAACAGAUUGCGCCUCCUGCCAUGGAAACGUGGAAUUUCCACCAAUGGAUGAGCAUCGUCGACGCUCGCUUUGUCAGGGAUAACUCAUUUUUUUUUAAUGAUUACAAGUUUGGUGCCCACGGUUUUAAAA